CGGUCGAUAGGUCCCCUGAACAUUGCUUGUGGCCCGGGAACCGACGCAGCAUGGUGCCCGACUUCAGCGCUUGGAUGAGUGUCGCCCCUUCUUGCAUGUCAGAUGCAGAUUGGGAGGUGGCCGCUGAAACAUCAGAGGCUGUGCUUUCUCAUCGCUCCUGCCUCUGGGGUGGUCGCUUGAUCAAGAUGGAAGUGCCGAGCCUCUUCAUUGAGGACGCUCCUGGGGAUUCCAAGAACCUGUUUGUUCGACCUGAGGUCUUCGGCAACUUGUCGCCGGGCCCGUUGGAGACGGGGCUGCGACACCUGGCCACCUUUGCACCGGGGGAUGCGCUGUUGGAUCGCAGCAACUCUAUGUGGAUGCUGCGGGUGGCUGCUGCGCCCCGUUUUUUCAAGCGGCCGUUCGAAAGCGGGAUGAUGGGCUUGCGGCAAACAUAG